AACGCAUGGACAUGAUUUCAAGCUAUUACGUAUAUCUGGGAACAUAAAGGGCAUGAACAAUUUGCUGGCACCGGCUGACGAGGCAUCUACUAUCGGUUGGCCAUCUGAAGACUGUCCCCAUUUCUCAAUUUCUUAGUCCUGAAGUAUCCUACACCAUUUUUCUCUUCUGUGAGCGGACAAGCGCAAAUGUAUCGAAAUAUAAUUGCGUUGCUCGUCAUGUCACUUCCACUGAUUCUGAGCCCCCAAGUUUUGGGGCUCGCGACAGACGGUUCGAUCCAUCUGAAAAAUAUUGCAGGGAAGCUCAGCUUCAUUCAGAGGGAAGGAAAUGUGACUUAUCUGCGGGACAAGGAGCUGGCCACGGAAGUUCCAACCGAGACAAAGUUUGAACUGAUCGAUCCAAGGAACAAUUUACGCACUGCCAGAUUCAACUAUACCUGGGACUUCGGCAACGGAGAGGUGCGGAAGGGAUCGGAGCCGUCUGUGCACUAUAACUACUCAUCCCCUGGAAACUACACUCUGCGGCUGAGAGUUGGGGCCCAAGUGAACAAAACCUCUACUCCACUAACUGGGGUGUACACCAUGGACGUUACAGUUUUGGACGCCAUCAGAAAUAUUGAGUUGAGCCCUUUGAGUUUCCAGGUUUCCAGAAACAACAGUCUGGUUGUUCAUGUGGAUGGAAGUCCUCCCAUGUGGGUCUGUUGGAGGUUCCUACAGAACUGUGUAUCAGCAACCCCUACAGGCUGUCACCUGACCAUGCUGUAUGAGAACACCAUGACACUGAACCACACCUUCACAACUUUAGGAGUCCACUGUCUGGACAUCAGCGCCCGCAACGACAUCAGCAAACUGCAGACCUCCUACAACAUCUUUGUGAGGAGAGAUUCCCCCAUUAACCUGCUCUUCACCCUGACAUGUACUGGGAUCAUCUUGGUAAUACUCGCCUUCAUCACUGUUAUAGCCUGUCGCACUAAGAAUGGACACAACAACAAACCACAGAUGUCUAAGUCCAGUAACGCCAGUUACUCCAGUAUGAACAUGGAACUGCAGCCACAACAGGACAUCCCUGAUAUCAGUAGUGAUCUCUAUGUGUCCAGGCCAAAGAACGAAGAGGUCCAACCCCUUCUACAGCACGGGACCAGAUCUGUCGCCAAAUCCUACCGCAACUAGUCUUCAUUUACACACUUUGUGUUGGACUGAUUCAAGCCAAAUGUUAAUAGUUUGCUAACAAUGUAUAGUUUGAGAUGAAUAUAUGGCACCAGUAACAUUGAACUAUACAUUGUCAGUGAUGUAAUACCGAUGUAGAUUACAUUCCCCUGUCUGAGUGGAUGUUAUACUUACACUAUUUUGCCUCUGAUGAUCUCAUCCUCAGACCCAGCCAAAAGCCUGACCUCGAAAACUAAAUAUCCAUCUAAGGGGUUUUAGAGGAUUGGAUCCUCUAUGAUAAUAGAUGACAGCUGCCAAUAACCCUGUAGGGGAGUGUCCUAAUGUGUAUUAUUACCUAGUGAUUUAUAUAUACGCUAGAUGACUGAUCAGUGGUGCUGUGUUGAAUCCACCAUGCCUCCAUUUUGGCACUCCCCCACCAUUGUAUAAACAUUUUGGGAAGCUAUAGAAAUGCAUUUAUUCAUGUCUAUAUUCAUUCUUGCCACAUUUAUUCUAUUACAGACACCUUAUCGCAUACAUUUAAAUUACAUUUCAUUACUAAUGUUACUAUCCCCACUAAAACAAAAAAAUACUUAAAUACAUGUAAUUUUGUCCCUGAAACAUUUAUUUGAACUACUGUAGAGUUCCAUUCAUUCCAAUGGUUGGACGGCUCCUACUGGGUAGUGCCAAAAUGCAGACCGACGGCUUCAAAGCCUCUCAGUGGCAAAUAGAUAGCAUAAGCAAUCCAGUUUUAUUUAUACAUUGCUGCUAUUACCUAACCAUACUGGCUGUCACCACAGAUGGUCCAUUAUAUUGACCAGAUACUCCAUUGGCCACUCUAAGAAUUAAAAGAAUGUCUUCAAAAAUGUAAGGCAGAUGGAAGUAAGAGAGAUCGGGUAAGAACAUUCUAGUCAAUGAGAGAGCAGAUACACGUGUGAUAACAGGCAGAACCAAUGAGAGAGCAGAUACACAUGUGAUAACAGGCAGAACUCUGAUAUAAGGGGCUUUUAUGUCACAUCCUACUAAUAUCAGUACAGUCAUAACAACCUAAGCAUUACAAAACCCCUAUUAGAUCAAAUAAGCCACACGUUGAAAAUUAGCCAUUACAUUUUUGGUAAUCACUCUCUUUGACCUCCAUACAAAAAACCUGGCUUGGUGAGAGGAAAAAAACAACAACAAAACGCCACCUGCUUGAGAAGACAGAUUUUGGGCCGAGUUAUUCCUCUGCUGUCACCAAACCCACCUUUCAGUCAGGGCAACAGAGAUGAAUUCAUGACUAAUGACAAUGACCUUGAUU